AUGCUUCCUCAAGGUUAUACAAUCCGGAAGCUAGAACUAGGUGACUAUGAGCCAUAUGUUGAGACAUUGAGAGUUCUCACUACUGUUGGGGACAUACCACUUGAUAAAUUCAAAGACGUGUUCGCUCACUGGGAAAAGCUAUCUGACACAUAUAUGCCAAGAGUCAUCACCAACGAAAAUGGGAUUGUAGUGGCAACUGGUAUGCUAUUAGUUGAACGUAAAAUUAUUCAUGAAUGUGGUAGUGUAGGGCACAUUGAAGAUAUCUCUGUAGCCAAGUCAGAACAAGGGAAAGGACUUGGAAUUUCUAUGAUCAAAGAAUUGAGUGGUGUAGCUAAAGAGGUUGGCUGUUACAAGGUCAUUUUGGACUGUUCUCCUCACAAUGUAGGCUUCUACGAAAAAUGUGGUUACAAGAAUGAUGGUUCAGAGAUGUGUCUCAGGUUAUAA